AUGUUGGUAUUGCAGGUGCAGCGGGGACCGUUGUUGAUGUGGAUAUGGGGGAGUGGGCUAGGGGGGAUGGAGACUAAUGUGGCGAGUAUGGUGCAGAUGAGCAAGUAUGCUAUCCCGGAGAUGGUGAAAAACGAAGGAGAGAUUAAGGGGAGUAUUGUUCAUAUGGGGAGUGUGGCUGGGUUGAAGGGUGGCACGCCACAUCUAUUGUAUCCGACUGCGAAAGGGGCGGUGGUUAAUUUGACGAGGGCUAUGGCUGCACAUCAUGCGCUAGAAGGAAUACGCGUGAAUUGUGUUUGCCCCGGGAUGCUGUACACGCCUAUGAUGUAUGGGAAUGGCAUGAGUGAGGAGGCGAGAGAGGCUCGGCGAAAGCGCAGCUUGUUAGCUACUGAGGGUAAUGGGUGGGAUUGUGCUGGUGCAGUGGUAUUUCUUGCAGGUCCCCAUGCCCGAUGGAUGACUGGAGUUAUUCUGCCAGUUGAUGCAGGAACAACGGCGGCAGUGGGGAUCGGAAUGACGAAGAGUGCCAGCGUAAACGCUUAG